CCGGGCAGAGGCUGGGCGGGAGGUCCGUCUGGGGGGUCUGCAGACGCAGGUUCGGCUGCGAGAGUCCUCUGCCCACGUCCUGCGGGCUGAGCUGUCAGGGCGUGUCAGGCCUGGUGGGUGCUGCGGGUCGGGGCGCCCCCUGGCGGCCGAGCCGGAGAGGGCUGGGCGCAGGCCAAGGGUCGGCGGCGCCGGGUUACGCUGCCCUCCCGGCUGCAGGGGGCGUCUCGAGCGUGGCCGUGGACCUGCCUUCGGUUGCUAGGCUGCCAGUGGGGUGGUGGGUGAGGCACUGAUUGGUGGGGUCUGGACAAAGCGCGUGUCUGGUACCACUGCGAUUGGCUGUGGAGGGCGGGCACUGCGCAGCUUUCAGCGUUGAUUGGUCUCUGCCGCACGGGAAAUGCCUCCGCACCGGGCCGAAGAGAUUGCACUCAAACACUGGGGGCCCCGCUCAUUGGGCCGAGGCCGGGGGCGUGUCCCGGCCCGCGCGACGAUUGGGAGCAGGCCCAGCAAAGGAGACACCGGCUGGGUGAUUGGGCGCGGGGACUAGGCGGCAGCGGCGGCGCGCGUUCCAACGGAGCCCUGGGCCGGCCGCAUGGGGCGGCGGCGGCGCCGGGGUGGCCCGGAGGACGCGGCCGGGGCCCUGCCCGAGGCCAUCGCCGCGCUGAGUCGGACGCUGCCCGCUGGGCCCAGCCCCGAGACCUUCCGCCGCGCCAAGUUCGACCGUCCGGAGGCGGCCCCCGCGCUCUGGCGGCUACUCUUGCGCGUGCUCUCGCCGUUGCCGGUUGACGGCGCCACGGCCCCCCUGGCCCCGGAGGCCGAAGCCCGCGCGGUGAGGUCGGCGCUGCGCUCCCGGGGCUACCCGAGGUGGACGCUGGCCCAGCUCCCCGACGACGGCGCCCAUGGCAGCCGUGAGCUGCUGCUGGCCCUGGCCUGGCUACUGGCCCGCGGGCCCCUGCUGGAGCAGCUGCUAGUCCAGACCCGCUUGCGGCUGGGCGACGAGAUGCCCGUGUGCGAGUGCAAGGCCCUGGCCAGCCCUGGCUGGUCUACACCACGUGUGGAAGCAGACAGCGGAGUGGAUGUCCGCCACCUGCAGUGGCUGAUGGGAAAGCUUCGGUUCCGGUGGCGAAACCUGAUGGUCAGUCAGCAGGAGCAAUGUACCCUCCUGGGCAAGAUUCACUUAUACACCAGCGGUUGCCAUGGCAACCGCAGCCUCGGCCACCUGUCUGUUGCCGAAACGGAGCUGCUCAGGGACCCAGAGGGCGGCCGGCAGCUGCUGGGGAGUCUGGAGACGGAGAACAAGCGCCUGGAGGCUGCCCUGCGGUGGAGGCGCCGGGAGCUGGUCUUCUGGCAGUGGAUGGACACGGUCCUGGGCGCCUGCCCCCUGGAGGCCUCACAGCCAUCGUCCCUGCCCCGGAUCCCUGAGCAGGGAGCUGGCGAAUUGCAGCUGGUGGCGCAGGAGCUGCAGGCCCUGCUAGAGGAGCUGCAGGAAGCGGUGGAGACCCGGCGGUCGGCCUGGGAGGCGGGGAUUGGAGGCCGGGGGCCGGCUUGGAGUGCAGUGCGGCAGGCCCUGCAGGAGGCAGUCGGACAGGAGCUGGCCGCUUUGCAGCAGGCCUGGGAGCCAGACCAGGGCCUGGCCCAAGCCUGUCCCCAUGGGCCCCACCGGCUGGUGAGGAGUGAGGCUGGAGUCCCAGGGGAGCCAGGUGGCCUGGGCCUGCAGGCUGCCGAGGUGAUUGGGGCACUAAGGAGCCGGGAGGCCUGCCUGGAGGCAGUGCUACACCAGCUGCAAGGACAGUGUCGGCAAGAGUUGGCCAGGCUGGCAGGAGCCCUGCCCGGCCUCAUCUGGAUCCCGCCGCCCCGACGGUGAGGGCCUGUGGACGGAUCCGUGCCACCUCCCCUCAGCCUGGCUGGGCCCAGGAGUGUGGAUGCUCAGGCCGGUGGCCGCAGGGCAGUGCAGACUGGAGCCCCAGCUCCUGCUCUCCCUGGGCCUUGGGGCUGUCCCUUUGGGCAGAGCCUUGUCUGUUGGCCUGCAGUACUGGGGGCAGGCAUGGCAGUCGUGACAGGCCCAGCAUGAUGGCUGGGGCAUUUAGGAUCAGAGGGGACUCAAAAAUAAAUAGUGGAGGCCUCCCUGCAAGGGUCAGGCUCCCGGCCAUCCCUCUGCCCCCCUUCCAGGGCUCUGUGUAGGCUGUGCAGAGGCCCAGGGGAAGAGAGCCCCAGGCAGUGGUGGCCAAGGCCAGGCUAGCCCAGGGCUCCCUGGCUGCUGGAAGGAAGGCAGGGCCUGGGGGAGGGGUCCUUGCACCCUCAUCCUGGCUGUCCUCAAACCCCUGGGUGUGUGUGUCUGUGUGUCGCGCCAGAUGCUGGGGUGGGUGGGGGCUAUGCUCCUUUCCUGGGGUGGCACUCCUGGUUGGGGGGGGCCACUUCGGACAGAGGGGACUUUGUUCCCAAGAUUGCUCCGGGAGCUGGGCUCAGCCCUGACAAAGAGCCAUCUGUGUCCGGGGAUGUGCCGGAAUGGGUGCCCUCUGCCCAGUAGGCCCAGCACCACAGCACCCUCGCUCCCUGGUAGGCACAGCCACCUCCCUGCUCCCUGGCCAGGCUCCCGUCUUCCCAGGACAAUUGAACCCCUACCUGCUGCUGGGUGGGCCAAGGGGCCACCUCCUGCUGAGGCCCCGGGACACUCCCAGCCACUAGGGGCCCCGGCCUGCCAGAAUGUUCUCUCCUUGGCUUUCCCUGCCCGCCUGGGGGUGUGCUGGAAUGGCAGCCCACGCCCAGAGGCACCCGCUCGCCAUGGCCUCCUUUGCCCUGGAGGACACAGCUGCGCCCCUGCACUGUCUUCGGAGUGCUCACUGGGCAGCCGGGACCAGCGGUCCUCCCGUUCAGGAGUGCGUCCCUGACACCGCCCUCCUGGGCCCGGCUACCCCCCCAGCUCCGGCUUGGGGCUCGGCGCUUCCCACUGCGCUGUCCUCCAAGUGUCUGGAGAUGCCUCUGGGCUCCCUGAAGCCGUCCCACCACCGCACCCUCCUGACUGCUGGACCUGGCCCUUCUUGUCCUGGAAACCUAAGGUUCCCCAAGGAACUUGAUUUUUAGAAGCCCAAAUGCAGAGUCAAUGUUAUGGAGCCAUCACUCCUCAAAUUGAUCUGUCAGUCAAUAAACCCCAAUCAAACCCCAA